UUUAGGCCCAAGCGACACAAAAACUGGCUUGAGGCUUUCAAGGGCUCUAACGUAACAACAAUGAGAGGGUCUUGGGCAGAGUCAAAGCGCGCAACUGGUGGAACAUAUAAGAUGGGAGGCAGAGAAAGAGUUCCGCACUCGUAACCUCUCUCAUAUUAUGUCCUGGACCUCGCUCACAGCUCCCAUGCAAGCAAACACCUCAUUGAGCCACCGCGGCAUCGAAACUGAACAAUAUGCUCGGCUCCCAUUUGACUCCAAGGAGCGGAUGCAGCUGAUGGAUGCUUGUGGCUGGGGCCACGCGCUGUUUGUUGACCGGUUCUCUCUGUGGGCCGCACCUGCAUCAGACGCCCUGGAACCAAAACUUGGCCAUGACGCGCUGCGUUAUUCAUCGGCAGCUCGGCGCAGUGCGACUUCGUACGCCUCGGUCGUCAAUCACGGCUCCCAGUCUCUUCAGCAUCAAUCUAUCGAAACUAGACAAAGCUUUUUGGCGUGUCGGUCCGAACGUUUGUUGUCUCACUCGCUUCCGAGUGGCCCUCAAAUCCGCACAUCGACCGCGUCAUCGGACUCGGACUCG